CUGAGUACCCAUGUUGGCUCUACUAAACAGAAAGAGAACAUUAAGUUACCAGUGAAGCAAAAAGAAACACUAGGCAAAUAUGUCACCGAGUGUCUAUUGAGAGGAAAGGAGCGUAAAAUUUGACAACAGAUAUGUACUCGCAGUAUAUCUUACAAGAUGACAUACAGAGGAUUUCACGGGUUUUGCAGCGUAUUUUACAUGAGUACCCUAUUGAUCACCAGUUAACUGGUGAAGACAAGUCUGCUGCAAUGAGGGCUCUACAGUUUCAUCCUCGAUUCAAAGAGAAGAUUGGAAUUGGUGCUAUGGAGAUAAAGGUUGGUCGUCACCCAAAACAUGUAGAAUCACGCUGCUUUUUACUUGUAAGGACCGAUGGAACAGUGGAAGACUUCUCGUAUCACAAAUGCAUUCAUCAUGAUCUUGAGAUGAUUACUCCUCACAAGGCAAAGGCUUAUCAUUCAAGAUGGCUAAAUGGAGCAAUACAAUCUUGAAACUGCAAGGAUGAACCCAGUUAAUUUUGUGCUCC